UGUCAUGUUUUUUUGAGUUUCAGUUGGUAAUUUUUUUCAGAAAACAUUUUGCCUCUCAUGUAAAUGUGUAUGUUUGUAGUUGAAAACAAGGCGGAUAUACUAAGCAAGAAAAUCAUGUUUUGCACUGUAAAUAUUUAGAAUAUAAAGGUGAUUGUGAUUGUGAUUUGAAAUUUGGCAACAGUGAAUGAAAGAGCGUAACUGAGAUGAAGAUCAGCAGUCACACGUGAGAUUGGAUGAGUUUUGAUGGGAGGAGCUGAGAAAGAGCAUUAGAGAGACGGACAGAUGAUCAGAUUGACACAAACUCAUCAGAAAUGGAGCUGGACACAGUGUUCAUCACGCUUCUGCUCGCAGCCAUCUUCAGCUCACUGGCUCCUUAUCAGUUUGAGUAUGUUCAGACGAGCAUGAACUGCACUGAAGCUCAGAAAUACUGCCGUAACAACUACAGCGAUCUGGCCUCCAUCCGCAACAGCGCCGACGUGACCGAGCUGCUGAAGAUCGUGAACGGAGCUAGUAGAGUCUGGAUCGGGCUGGUGAAGACUGUCAGGAGUGAAUGGAAGUGGUCUCUGGGUGACCCUGUGUUUUACACGGCCCGUGAUUCACUGUAUCGCAACUGGGCGUCGAAUCAGCCGAACAACGAUCAAUAUAACUGUGCUUACAUGAGUCAGGACGGACUGUGGUGCAAUGACAACUGUGCAACCCAAAGGUUUUUCAUCUGCUACAAUCACAGCAGUAAAGGAUUCGUCCUCGUGCAGCAGUCGAUGAGCUGGAGAUCUGCUCAGAGCUUUUGUAGAUCAAAUCACAGAGAUCUGAGCAGUGUGAGGAACCAGAGUGAGAACCAGCAGAUUCAGCAGCUCAUGAACACUGGAGGAGUCACUGCCGCCUGGAUCGGUCUGUUCAGAGACUCAUGGGAAUGGUCCGAUAAGAGUAAGUCCUCGUUUAGAAACUGGGUAUCCAAUGAACCCAAUAACAUUGGAGGCAUUGAAAAUGCCACAGUGCUUGUAAUAAGUGGAGACAGAAAGGAGCUGUGGGAGGACUGGCCUUGUGAUUCACAAUUUACCUUCAUCUGUCAAGAUCAGUUUGUACUCAUCAAGCAGAACCUGAGCUGGAGUGAAGCCCUGACGUACUGCAGACAGAACCACGUGGACCUGGUGUCGGUUCCCAGCCCUCAGAUUGAGCAGCGGGUGAUGAGUGUGGCGAGAAGAGCCUCGACGGCGGCCGUGUGGAUGGGUUUGCGUUACUCCUGCGGCGUGAACGCGUGGCUGUGGUCGAACGGCGAAGUGGUCUGCUAUCAAAACUGGGCCGCGGGGAACAGCACCGGAUCGCACUACUGCCGCGAGCAGAGAGUCGGAGCCGUUCAGUCGGCUGGAGAUCAGCGCUGGGUCAGCCUUCCUCCGACGCUCAGCCUCAACUUCAUCUGCUCUGGGCCUUGAUUGUGUGUCUCUCUUCUUUUCAAUACAAAUGUCUUCACUUCACCUUAACCCUCAUACAGCAUUUAUAUAACCAUGUAAGACAAAAAAUGAUACACACACUUUUGGGGAAGAGUCGCUAAACAUAGAAUGUGAUGAACGACUAUUGACGAACCAUUUCAACAUUCAAACUUUUGAAUUUGCUCACAUUUACUCAUUAUUAAAAAGACUGAUGAUCAGAUGAUCAAGGCGCAUUCACUUGAGAUGUAAAAUGACUUAAGAUAUUAAGUCUGUUUUUUCUGAAAAAUGCAUUAAAGUUAAGUACAUUAUUACUUAAAACAAGAAAUAUCUGCCAGAAAAAUACACUUGAUUCAAAGGGAAAACAAGGUUAUUUUUCUGAGCACACUGACAGACAUUUGUUCUUGUUUUAAGCUUAUACUCGCUUCAUUAUGAUCACUUUCACAGAAAAAAAAAAAAAAAUCUUCUGACAUAUUGCUUUUCAAGUAAAAGUGUCUUAAUUUAAGAAUGUUUAGAUAUUUAGCAGUGUGUGCAGAACGAGUGUCUCAUUCUUUUUUAAAAAGGUGUCACAUUCAUGUAGUUCAGUGCGACAGUAACUCUCAUUCUCUUUUGCUUGGUUUUCAGUGUUUUAUUGGUGGUUU